AUGGCACCAACAAAAGGCUCAACAAAGGGAAAACCCUCAGGAGGCGACUCGAAGAGCAAACCCCUCUCCUCCGCAUCCCGCGUGAGCAAGAAGAACGCUCCCAAGCGUCCACCCCCGCAGGAGGUCAAGGCCAAGGCCCGUACUGAGAAGUCACUAUUGAAGAAGAACAAGAAGAGACAAUAUACCGAGGAGGAAUUGGAUUUGCCCAAGUUGAAUGCGAUCACCCCGGUCGGGGUGGUGAAGCCCAAGGGAAAGAAGAAGGGAAAGACUUUUGUUGAUGAUCAGGAGGGAAUGAUGACCAUUAUGGCCAUGGUGAAUGCGGACCAAGAGGGUCAGAUUGAAUCCAAGAUGAUGAAGGCCCGUCAAUUGGAGGAGAUCCGAGAAGCCAGGAAAAAGGAAGCCGAGGCCAGGCAGGCAGAGAAGAAGUCCAAAUUGGUACGUUUUGAGAGCAGAUUGUCAUGCUGA